CAUGUGUCUGCCAUAGUCGCGGUGCAUUGUGGGGAGGUUGUGGUCCUCCAGCGGCUCGGUUCGGAAUAAUGUCUGCCUCGGAGGCAGCGGACGGUUCUUCCACGGGAUUAUGCCCGAGCUUCGCCGUGAUCUGCUCGUUUCUGGAGCGGUAUGGAGCUCUGCUGGACCUGCCGGAGGUGUCGUUCCCGAUGCUGGAGCGCAGUCUGCAGGAGAGCAGCGCGGUACCCAAACUCCUCGUGGACCUUCAUGUGAAGUUGCUGAGGAAAAUUGGCAAGUCUGUGUCUGCAGACAGAUGGGAGAAGAAUCUCAUUAAGAUCUGUCAGGAUUUUAACACCACAUGGGCAUGGGAGCUGGAAAAGAAGGGUUAUCGAGAGAUGACAGUGGAGUGUAAGACUGGAAUAUUGAAGUACUUGUGUGAAUGCCAGUUUGAUGACAAUGUCAAGUUUAAGACCGCUAUCAAUGAAGAGGACCCGGAUAAAAUGCGUCUUCAGCCAAUCGGCAAAGACAAAGAUGGCCUCAUGUACUGGUUUCAGCUAGACCAAGACCAUAAUGUGAGGAUCUAUGUGGAAGAACAGGAUGAUCUUGAUGGGUCAUCCUGGAAGUGUAUAGUAAGAAAUAGAAACGACCUGGCUCAGAUCCUUGGUCUGUUGAAGACUCAGAUUGAUCCAGCGCUCCUAGUAAAGAAGGAUCAGGAGGGCUCGUCUAGUAACAGUCCCAACCCAGACGGUGAGGAGAACAAGAAGAAAGAGGGAGCUGAAGAGGAGAUCAGAGAUGAGAAGUCAAAAGACGACUUAUCCACUUCUGAAAAUAAGGAAAACAUCUUGGAGAAAGAAAAUGCAAAGCAAGAAGAUCCAGAGGCCACAGAUGCUUUAUCGGAAAAGGCCUUGAAGGUGAAGGAAGAGUUGCAGAAACAUUCGGAGACGUCAAAUUGCACUGGUGUUAUUGCUGGAUCAAUCAAAGAAGAGCCACAGGAUGAGGAGGAGAAAAUCAGGGACUUGUCAACACCUUCACAUAAUGCAGAACAGAUGGAUGAGGUGAAGAGAAAAACCUUAGAAGAGACUCAGAGAACUUUGAAAAAUGACCAUCAGGCUAAAAUCCCUCUAAAAAAGCGAGAGAUGAAACUAACCGAAGACUUCGACAGCAACAGUGCAGGAGUACGAAAUGCACCUGUCGCUUCGGUGAAAGAAUCACGGACAUGUUUUGAUGACAACAGAUUGAGUGCUGAAAAGAUCAACGGCCAUGUCCCUCACCUUAAACCAUCUGAAAGUGAAACGCAAAAAGGUUCAGAGAGUUUUCAAAAUGAAAGAACAGAGAAUGAUUCAGAAAAUACCCCAUGUGUCUCAGAUGAGUCCAAUGAGAGAAAAAAGCAUACUAAGAAUGACCAGACAGAAGAUAAGAUGGACACGAAUGAAACCAGAUUGUGUGCUGAAGAGCAGAUGGAAGUGGAGAAGCCAGGGAAAUCUUGUGAUGCCACCGCAGAGGAGAACAAAGCUAAAUCUGAAACUCCUCAACCUCACGAAAAGAUUCCUGCGGAAGAAAAAAUCUCAACAGUAAGUGAGCAGUCAGAAAAGACACCUGGUUCUGAAGAAGUACCUGAAAAUAAAAAAUCCCCCACUUGUGAAAAUAUGGAAACUACAGAAGCAAAUACAUCAACACUGCCUGAAGAGUCAACAAAAGAUCUCUCAAAAAAAGAAUCAGUGAAAGAUCUCCCAAACAAAGAGUCAAUGCAAGACCUCUCAAAAAAGGAAGCAACAAAGGAUCUCUCAAAAGAAGAAGCAAAGAAAGAUCACUUAAAAGAAGCAACGAAAGGUCUGUCAAAACAACAAGCAGUGAAAGAUCUCCCUAACAAAGAAUCAUCAAAAGAUCUGGCAAGAGAAGAGUCAAUGGAAAAUCUUCCAAAAGAUCUGGCGAAAGAACAGUCAAUGAAAGAUCUCACAAAAGAAGGGUCAUCAAAAGAAGAGACAAUAAAUAAUCUCCAAAAUGAAGAAUCAAAAAAAGAUCUCGCAGAAGAAGAGUCACAGAAAGUUCUUUCAGAAGAAAGUCAAAAAUAUCCCAAAGACUCGGACAACUCCAAAAAAGACCUGGAAGAAAAAGAUCCAACUGCUUCCACGGCAAUGGAAACAGAACCAUUCCAGUCUUCUAAAAUGGAGGAGUCCUCUUCCCGUGAAGUAAUCAAACUGCAUUCUGUCACAGAAAAGCCAGAGAAUGCUGACGAAACAAAAACUCAUCACAGCUCUGCAGACACCACCAUAGAAAAAGAGUAUGCUGCUCCUGUCUCAAAAACUGAAAAACAGUAUAUGUCUGAAGCAGACAAAUUCUCAACCAAUGGAGAAAGGCAGUCUAUUUCCUCUAAACCUUCUGAAGAUACAGAUGGCCCUCAAGCCAAAGCACAAGAGCAGUCGGUCUCCCCGAAGUCGGCAUCAAGGGAUCUUGAAAAAUCAUCUGUUUCUGAUUCAACAAAGAAGCCAAGUAUGCCAAAAACCACAGAGAAAGUUGAUGGUGAGGACAAAUGUGACACAGCUGAAACGGAUAAAAAUGAGAAUUCAGAAACGACCAAAGAAAAUGAUGUAAAGGGUGAAGCUGCAAACAGCUCUGAAGAAUCUUCAGAGAAAAAAUUGGUUGAAGAAGUUAAAGCUACAGAACAACCCAAUGAAUCCAACAGUUCUGAGAAACCUCCUUCUGAAAGAGAACAUGAAAAGGAACCAGAUUCAGAGGAAGGGAACAAAGAGAAGCAAAUGGAAGUUGAUUCAGAGAUCACUAAAGCUGAUGAAGCACAGUCGGCUGUUGAGGAGGUAUGUGAGACUUCAAGAUCAAGUAAGAAGGAAACUGAUGUUCCCGUGGAUCAAAGCACCACCUCAAGCAAACAAUCUGAGCAAGACGCAACUUCUGAAAAACGUGAGCCUUCCGGUGAUGUUCAAGAAAAGAGCGACGCAGCUGUGAAAAGCAGUAAAAGACUAGGACGGCCUCCAAGGAAGUCUCAGGAGAGUCAGGAUGAGGAUAAAACGGGAGAAGAACAAGAAGAAAAGACAAACUUGCGACAGGAAGGAAUUCGUCUGAAGAUCAAAAUCCCAGCUCACAGACGGAAGGCCAAACUCCGGAAAGAAGAGGUCAAGGGAGAUUCAGAGUCUGAGACGACUGAGGGCAGAUGCUUGAGGAGAUCUCCAAGAAUCUGCAGGCCCACUGCUAAAGCUGUGGAGAUCCAAGAUAGGAGGGCGGAACGGAAGCAGGGGACUCCAGUUUCGGAGAAAGAAAAGGAUGACGAUGAGGAAAAAGAAAAGGAUGACGAUGAGGAAAAAGAGGAUGUGGAAAAAGAGGAUGAGGAAUCUGUACAGAGGAAACCGAAGAAAGCUGAGCCAGAUGGCCAAACGAAACCAAAGGUUGGGAGACGUCGAAAACGACAACCAUGGUCUCGCACGAGACGUAAAAAGAAAUGUUCUGAAGAUGACGAUGAUGAGGAGGAGAGCGAGAGUGAGUUCGAGGAGACGGAGGAGGAUGACAGCGAUGAAGACUAUAAGGUGGAGAAGUCCAAGAAGAGAAGGAGAAACCGAAACCGAGAGCGGAACAGCUCGGACUCCUCUACCUCUUCAUCAGACGAUGAUGUACCCAAUGACGACCCCUGCAAACACUGUGGCCUUCCCAAUCAUCCCGAGCUGAUACUCCUGUGUGAUUCCUGUGACAGCGGCUACCACACUGCCUGUCUGCGUCCUCCGCUCAUGAUCAUUCCAGAUGGGGAAUGGUUCUGUCCCCCCUGCCAGCAUAAACAACUUUGCGACAGGCUCGAAGAGCAGUUGCUGAAUUUGGAUGCCGCCCUCAAAAAGAAAGAACGUGCAGAACGAAGAAAAGAGCGACUGGUGUAUGUUGGCAUCAGUUUGGAGAACAUCAUCACACCCUCUGUUGAAGUGGAAGAAGAAAAGGAAGAGGUGGUGGUGAAAGAGAAGGAGACGAAGAAGAGCAAAAGUUGGGGACGUAGAUCAACCAGGGCGAAGAAAUACAUAAGCUACAGAUUUGAUGAGUUUGAUGAAGCGAUCGAAGAGGCAAUUGAGGAAGACAUCAAAGAGGCAGAAGGAGGAGGUGCAGGCCGGGGGAAGGACAUGGCGAACAUCACAGGCCACAGAGGGAAGGACAUAUCCACCAUUCUACAGGAGGAAGGGAAGGAGAACGGCCGGCCGCAGAGACCCAGUGCAGCUCAGAAGAAGAAGCGGCGGCGUCUCAACGAUCUGGACAGCGACAGCACUGUGGACGAGGAAGAGAGCGAAGACGAGUUCCGUCUCAGCGACAGUUCAGAAGAGGAGUUUGUGGCUUCUGAUAACGAGGCAGAGAGUGAAGCCGAAGCCCGGUCCUUGGAGGACAGUGACUUCGGGAGCGAUGCGGGCGGCCCGCGGAUAAGACCUUCAAACAGAAAGGCAGCAAGCCGGUGUCGAAACAGAAGGCAGCCACCACGCAGGAGACGCAGACCCAGAGGAUACUCUGACGAAGAGGAGGAGGAAAGUGAUGAAGAGGAGGAGGAAGAGAUGGUGACAGAAGGCUCUAGUGAAUACAGUGACAGCGAUCUGGACAUCCGCUUUCGACGGUCCCAUCGGAGCCGUAAGCAGCAGGUGAACUACUGUGAAAGUUCAGAUUCUGAUGGCUCACAGGCCAGCACCAACAAAGACAAAAAGAAGAAACGCAGACGUCUUUCCAGCUCUGACAGUGAAGUUAGUUACCAGUCAGCUGAAACUGAUGAAGAAGACAGGAAGCCCAAGAAGCUAAGGGCGGACUCGUCCGAGGAAGAAUCCAGGAAACGGCGCAGACGCUUGUCCCUUAAACGUCGGAGGGAGUCAGAGGAUGAUGACGAAGACGACGACGAUUCAGACGAAUCCGAAGAAGAGGAAAGGCCCGUCCGAAAACGUGUGAACCGCAUCGACUCUGACGACAGCGAAAGUGAAGAAGAGAAGGAGGUGAAGAAGAGCCCACAGGAGAAAGAGUCAGAGGAGACCGUUGUCAAAGGGCCCAGUCCACUAGACUACAACUUGGUGGAGCUUCCUCCCACUAACGGACAAAGCCCAAUGAAGGGUUUAGAGGGCCUCAUGCCACGACCCGAGGUGGGAGUGACACCUAAAAAUGGCAACGCCCCAUCGGCUGUAUCCUCAGCGCCGAAUGGCCUGGAGAUCCCUGCGCAGGACGAAGAUGAAGACGACCUUUUGGGCGUCACAGACCUCGUAGACUAUGUCUGCAACAGUGAACAGCUAUAACUUGGUAUUCUUUUUCUUU